GCUUUAGGAUUUGUAAUAAUUCCUGUUGCUUUCACUUUUAUCCCCUUUGUUUUAUAUAAUGCUUUUUAUAGGUAUAGUUAUGUUACUAUAACAAAAGUAAUUUUCAUAGAUAUAUUUAAGUGUCAUGUGAGUAGAACUUAUGGUAUCCUAAUUGUGUGGAUUGGUUAA